UGGAUCAGGGGGGAUGCUUGCAAACUGUCUGCUGUACAUGGGAAUGCUUUCACUUCUUGCCCGGUGCGCCUUGGCCGCAGAGGACAGAAUCACCUAUGAUGCCUCCGGCUCCUCAUCUUUACCAAGCGAGCCCACAGUCACAGCUGUUCCUGCUCAUUCAUUGGCCAACCUGCCCGUGGCUGAGGAGGUGCCUUUCUCAGUCAUCCAUUCAAAUGUCGAGGCUGUGUCUGAGGGGGAAAGGUUAAGAGGGCAGCCUGCAUUCUCCUCCAUUCUAACCUUUUUGGCAGGAACUGUCAAAUAUCCGCUGAGCCUUGCUCAAAGCAGAGCCUCUCCAGCUAUCACCAGGGACAAGAACCACACCAGCCAAUGGCCUUCAGACAAUUUUAGCCAGGCAGAUUCCCAUCCCUUACAGGAAGUGACUGAGAUGUUUGUUGUCAUUACAGAGACGGGUGCAGAUGAGUUAACAACUGGAACAUCCAGAGCUAUGGGGCUCACUAUUCCCAAAGAAAAAGAGACUAAUCUAACCAAUUCUCAAUCUGAUGACAUUACCGUUUCCUCUGGGCCCACCGAGACGCCAUCUCAGGUAUCACCUCUAACCCCUCGACAGGACACCACGACAGCCUCCUUGAAGCUCACCACCACGACAGCAGCUUCAGCCUCCAGAAUUAAAAACCCCACCACCACACCUUCUGCAAAAGUCAUCACGGGAACCCCGCAGCCAAUCACCACAACCACAUCACAGCCUACCCCUAUGACCAGGAGAACAACAACCACCUCAACCACCAAGAGUCAGGCCAACAGAAGAACAUUCACUCCUCCUGCCCCUCCAAGGACGAGCCCCCCCAGAGGGGUCACCACUGUUUUCCUCUCCCCUUUCACCACCACCACCACAGAAGCUCCACCACAGCAGUGCAACAUCACAGAGAGAAUGUGGGUGAAAACAGUUGUCUCCAUCUAUGUGAGAAGGAACAGGCUGGACAGCAUCCAGAGGCAGAACCUACGCAGGGCGCUGAGUCAGGGCCUGCGGAAAGCUCUGAAUGAUAGCACAGCCCAGGCUCAGGUGGAGACUGUGUUCGGUUCGCCCAACAUGACGGUGGCUUAUCAUGUGACCGGAGGGGACAUGGUUUACCCUCCCUCUGUAGUGCUGGAGGGCUUGGGCUCCUAUGGCCGUGAUAGGCUGAUAGCAGAUCUACGACAGUACCUCCCCAUGGUAACAGCCUUGCCCCUCCCCGCUGCAUUAUGGAGACCCAGCCCAGCCACUGGCUUCCAGCUGAAAACAGUGCUGCGGUUUGUAGGAGCAGGUGACGAUCCCCGGUCCUGUCGCUUCUCUCAAAUGAUGGAACAGAGGCUUGAGAACGUGCUCUCUGAAGCACAGGCCAAAGUGCUCAACACCCACAGCAGGCUCUCUGUCCAGAUGCUAAGUGUGUCCCAUGUGGCGGGCUCUCCUGCUGUGUCAUUGAUCUACACUGUGAGGAAUGGGACUGUCUUUCUCAAUGGCACUGCCGCUUCAAACCUCCUGGGUCGCCUGUCAGCUGAAGUGGUGGGCUACUUCCUCUUCUAUCCACCACUUAUCAUUGCUGAGCCACUAGAGUACCACAAUCUGAACACCUCCAUUGCUACCAGAGACUUCUGGGUCAUCACAGUGAUUCAGGAUGUGGAUAACUCCAGCCUGGAGGGGCAUUACCAAAGCUUUGCCAGUCUAAUGGAACAGAGGCUCGCUGAGCUGUUUAUGGUGGCAGGCCAGCAGGGUACUCGUUUCAGGAGAGCUACCACUGUAGGCAGCUACACUGUCCAGAUGGUGAGCAUACGGAGGGUGGCAGGGUUAAAGAACCCAGCAGAGAUGACCUACUACGUCCAGCAAAAUGGCAUCCCAUUGCUGGGGACAUCGGCUGCCAAGGUCCUGAACACAGUGGAUUCUCAGACCAUGGCACUCACACUGGGCUACUUUGUCCAACUGCAAGCAGAACCUGUGGUCAAGAACCCUCCUAACAACCUGUGGAUCAUCGCUGCAGUGUUGGCCCCCAUCGGCGUGGUAACACUCAUCAUCAUCAUCAUCACAGCUGUUCUCUGCAGGAAGAACAAGAAUGAUUUUAAAGCCGAUGCCAUUGGCAACCUCAACCCACGUGCUAAGAUGGCCUAUCGGAGAGAUGUGGGCUAUUACCACCAGCCAGUCCAGGGUUUUGACUAUGCCAAGCAGCACCUGGGCCAACAGGGAGGGGAUGAGGAGACCCUGCCUGUCACUCAGGACACACUGGUGAUGCCUCUGCCAAUCCGGGAUGCAACACUCUCCCUGGAAAAGGCCCUGAAACAGGAGGGCACCUCCACCAAGAAGAACCUCACAUCGGACAAACACAAAAGCAGGUUGCCGAGCGAGGACGGUUCCGUCAUCAGCAACGAAUCAGAGAAGCUGAAUUCCGGCAGGGUCUUGACAGUGCAGAAAGUCACAGCGCAGCAGAAACUGACAAAGGAGGAGACUCGCAAGAGGGAUGAUCCAUAUGACACCUCCUCUGGCUCCAUGCAGCUCAUUUCCAUCAAGCCUAUGGCAGCUCAUCCCACCUACUCACACCCUGCCUCUGACCGCAGCCAGGACUCAGCCAUCCUCAAUGGAGAGGUGAGCUUAGCUCUGAAGCAGAAGUCAGAUAUAGAGCACUACAGGAACAAACUAAGGCUGAAAGCUAAGAGGAAGGGCUAUUAUGAUUUCCCCUCAACUGAUGGCAGCAGCAGCAGUAGAGCCCUGGCACAGAGACAGCGGCAUGGGCAUGGCCAUGAGAGGCCAGCUGGUGAGCAUGGCAGACCACUGGAGCCUGAUGACGACCGGGGUUCCACUUAUAUCAAGUCUCGCAGGAGGCACUCACAGGUGGGGCAGACGGCCUAUCGCAGCAGACAGAGCCUAAGCAGUCCCAGCCCGGGGGGAACAGAGAUGGACCUGCUUGUGAUGAGGGAGAGGCCCAGAAGAGGCAUCCGUAACAGCGGCUAUGAUACUGAGCCAGAGCUGAUUGAGGAGACGAAUGUUGACCGUCUAAUGGGGCCACGAGGAUACAUGUAUGGCCGGGGGCUGAAAGGCCACUCAGAGACGUCCACUCUCAGCUCACAGCCCUCUAUUGACGAAGUGCGACAGCAGAUGCACCUGCUGCUGGAGGAGGCUUUCAGUCUGGCUUCGGGGGGGCAGUCCACAUCUGGACGGCACUCGCACCACCACCAUACUGGCAACUACAGCCCUGCACCGCCUCCGCUCCCCUACACCGACGUAGUGACGAGCGCCCCGGGCACAAUGAACCGUGGACGUGGAGGCCUUCAGUGGGUACCAUCUUAUGGAGCAGAAAUGUAUCAGUGCAGCCUGCCAAAACCAGCCUUUCGCUUCACCCAGCUUCCUGAUAUGGCCAUGGGCUCUCCUCCUCCCCCUUUACCACCUCGCUCUGGACCCCCUCCUGGGACCUCUUUAAGACGUUCGUCAUCUGAUUUGGGGCCUAAGGGCAGGAGCUCGGAGACAUCUGUCACUGACAUGCAGGCUCAACAUGACAGCAACCCUUAUGGGCCAACCCCCAGAGCUGCACUCCCAUCUAUCACUGCAGAGCAGCCUGUGUCCAACUACUCAGGAAACCCAAUAACAGCCGUAUAUGCCAUCCCAGCCAGCAGAACCGGCUACUCAGAAUACUUUGUUUCCACGCCACCCACUUCCUACCGGAGUCCCUCCUGGAUGUCCUAUCCACCUGAACCUGAGGAUGUACCACCACAGUGGGCAGACUCUGUGCCCCUGCCGGGGUAUGUGGAGGCUUUUCCUCAUCCCCGCUAUCCACAGGGUAGCCCCACCCGGCUCCCCCUGCCGUACAACCAGGCACCAGAGCAGCCACCCAUUGCCCCAAACACAGCAUCCCAGCAAAGCCUGCCUCAGGCUGGGAAGGACAUGGACAACAUGCCCCUGAGCAGCCUCUCCACCUCCGCACUUGUACAGGCAAUCCGCCAGGAGGUGGCCAAGCUGGCAAAGAAGCAGAAUGAUAUGUUUGAGUUCCAGGUGUAAUUCUGCCUCCUAAUGUCCGGGAGACAGCUUGACAUGUGUUGGUCUCAUUUCAACAGACACUCCAAGGUGGACCUCCUUCAAACUGAUUUUUGAUGUUUGUACUGGAAGACUGAUCUUCUUUACUCACAGAUUUUUUUCUUUCAUUCUAUCUCACACCGUUCAUGGUGUUUUUUCGGUUCCUGACUUUAAGGUACUGAAAGGUGAUGAUUUUUUUCUGACGCAAACUCUUGUCAUCUUCUAUUAAUGAUGUCUGAAGUAACUACUGUACAUGCAUCGCUUCAUUGUAGAUAUGUCAAUAGGACACUCAAUGGUAAAUAUUAUCAUGGAGGAGAUGUUUUUUUCCCAAGAUUAGUAAUUUUAUUCUGAAUCAAUACAAGCUGAAGAGAGAGAGAAAGUAGCAUUAUUCUGUCUGUACUGAAAGGACCAAAUUAUUACUAACAUAUGGUUAAGUAUAGACCACAAUGUAUAUAAGCAUGUACAGUGUAAGGACACCAUAUAUCUUAUCUCUUUUUAUAGACCUCAUUAGCUUCAAUAAAAUGGGUGACACCAAUAUUGGUUAAAUCAGUUUCAGUAUCGUCAAAUCGCCAUAUCAGUUUUCAAAUUUCUUCAUGAUCUGUUGUCACAGCAAAUAGUAAAGCUACAACAACCACAACACCAACAGUCCAUUCUUGCUGGUUGCAUAAUUUUCUGAAUUUGAAAUAGCAAUUCUUAUUCCUGCCAAUCAACAGUUGAGAAAGAAAUUUGCAUCUGCUUUUUUGGAGUAAACCCAGCAUUUUACAGUAUGUAUUUGACUGCUAAAAAACACACAAUCCCCAGCUGCAUAUACCAUGUUGUACACUUGAAAGCUGAUGAAAAUUGUUGCCUCUAUGUAUUUGAAAUAAAAUUAAGCAUUUAUCCUAGUAUAAUUUGUUUUGGUGUACUCCAGAAAGCAUACUGACUUGAGAAAAGAUUUUCGAAUAGCAACGAGUGGUUAUUGAGUAUUGCCGUUUUUGAAUACUGAAGUACACUGACUCUUAAGGAGAGAGCGGUAUGCAACAAUUGUUGUUAAUGCGUUUGAACUUGAAAUGAACUUUGAUUCUAUUAUAAACUAUUAUUUAUUGAUCUUUUCUCUAUUAUGUUGCUUUUACAGCUAUGACAGAACCAUUUUACUGCUCAUAAUUCUGAAAAGAAAAAAAAAACUGUACUAAGUUUAUUUAUAGUUGCAGCUAGAUGAACAUCUCAGAAUGGCUGAUUUAUUCUGAGCCUUGUGAUCUGAAGAUGCACAGAUGUUUCAAUGCACAUACAACCCAAACGCCUUUGGCACAAAGCUAGUCUCUUUGCUGCUGGCAGUGAUGGCACAGUUCCUUGUAAAGUUGGGAUUUAGACAAGGUGGCUCCCUAGUAGUUCAUUCGGUCAUGUGACCUGAUGACUGAUCACAGAUCAGUACUCCUGCUCUAAGAAACAUUUUGUGUGCGAACCUUGAACUGUUUGUGUAAUUUAAAAUUGUGAAUGUCUGCCAGAGAGUGUCAGCUCCUAUUGAUUGUACUGUACUUUUCUUUUUCCAAGAGUUUUUUCAGAAGCACUUUAUUCUGUCUGCAUUCCUGAACAUGUCGGUGUGAUUUGUCAGUGUGCCCUGGAAAUGUCAUCUAACCUAAGGUGCAAAGCCCAAACAUUAAGUUUUGUAAUACUGAGGUAGAUAUUUUCAUUUCAAACAGGUAUUUCAUAACUUCACGUAGGAGUAAAAUCUGUGUCUUUCCAUUAUUUAACAGUCCUAAUCAUAUGUUAUUGUGCCAUAAGAGUCCUCACCAGGUUAUGGUGAGUUCAACUUCUACUGCAGACUUGUUAGCUUGGAAAUCAAAGCUGUUAUCAACUGAUCGACGAUGUGCAACAGGGGUUCUGUCGUGUAUUUGCACAAACAACUCUAAGAUGUUAUAAAUUGCCUACCUUAACUAUACCAGUGCAAAUCUCAUUCUUACUGUAAUCAGUGCCAAGAACACAGUCAGUCAAGAUAUAAAGACACCUAAAAAUGAGAAAUACCUGUAAGGUGUUAUUUCCUUUUGGACAAAACUGUCGCUAUGACAGCAGGCUUGGAUAUACGUAAGACCUUUUGCAUAUCAAGCCCUCUCUCUCUUCCAUUUUCCAUUAUCCAUGCCUGUUGCUGUGUAGAUAUAAAGAAAUAUGUCUCAAUCCCAACAAGAACUUUAUGGUCAGUUGUGUUCCCAGGGUUUUUCUUUUUCUUCUUUUUUUGACUUAACCAGAGGAACACUUGUAGUUACAGUCUUAUGGCAAAUGAUAUAAAAGAAAACUUUUUUUUUGUAUUACAUAAGUGAACAUUUUUCACUAUUCCAUGCUGGAUAACUGAUAGAAAUUGCCAAAUUUGGAAUGAGUUAAAACAAGGUUUAAGAUGGUUUAAUAUUGGUUUGAAAAAUUGUUGACUAGUAUUUAUUCUAUAAAACGAAAUAUUAAGUGAGCUCUAACUCAAUUAAAUUCAAUGUUUUUUUGUCUU